AUGUCUUUUCUCCAGGAAAAUCCUGCCAUGCACCAAUUGCAGUCGCAGCAAGCAAAGGUUUUGGACAAAAUCGAUGAGCUGCGUAACCUCGGAGUAGGAGGUCUUGUUGCACUUCCUCAGCUCAUUGUUUGCGGCAGUCAGUCCAGUGGAAAGAGCUCUGUCCUUGAGGCUAUUUCAAGAGUCCGGUUCCCAACUAAGAGCGGUGUUUGUACACGGUUCGCCACGGAGGUGAUUCUUCGACGAAAUCCAGAAACAAAAUUCAAGGUUUCUAUUGAGCCUGGAAACUCGAGAGAAAAUGACAAAGAGCGACAGAGACUGCAAAGCUUUUCUUGUGAAGCAUUUUUGAAAGACCAAGAUCUCCCUAAAUUGAUCGAACAGGCCAAGGAAUGUAUGGGGAUCGGUCAUGAUGAUAGCCAAUCUGAAAGGUUCAGCGACGAUGUGCUCAAGGUAGAGAUAUCUGGGCCUGAUCAGCCAGAGCUCUCAUUAGUUGAUCUUCCUGGGUUAUAUACUGGUUCCAGUCGGGAUCAGGAUGACGAAGGAAUCCAGGUAGUUCGCGACAUCACGGAAAGGUACAUGAAGAACGAGAGAAGUAUUGUCCUUGCAGUUAUCAGCGCAAGGUAUGAUUUCAACAAUCAGGAGAUACUGAAUAUCGCAAAGAAAUUUGAUCCAAAAAUGGAAAAAGUUCUUGCUAUUGUCACCCAGCCAGAUCGCCUAGAGGCUAGAUCUGAAGAGGAGGAUCGAUAUCUACGGUUUGUCAAGAAUGAAGACAUCAAAUUAAAAUUGGGCUGGCACGUUUUACGGAAUCGUGGAGACAACGCCAAGAAAUCUUCAGAUGAUGAGAGAGAUAGCAAGGAAAGAGAAUUUUUUGAUCAAGGACGAUGGGCAUCACUCCCGCGUCGGCAGGUUGGGAUUGAGAGUCUUCGCCACCGUCUGAGCACCGUACUUCUCAAUCAAAUUCGGCAUAGUAUCCCGAGUCUAAUUGUUGAAAUACACGAAAAGAUUGAACAUCAUCGACAAGAGCUUAAACAACUUGGAACAGAAAGGUCAACAAUCCAGGGUCAGCGAGGCUUUCUCUUGGAUAUUAGUAGCGGAUUUGCACAAAUUGUGAGACAAGCUUUGGAUGGUCUGUAUACCGAUAGAUUCUUCGAUGAACAGGAUCAUAGUACCUCGGAUGCUGCUGCUGAGACCAUAGACUAUCGCCGGCUCCGUGCUGUCAUUCGUGAGCUUAAUGAGUUCUUUGCGGAUGCUAUGAGCAUAAAUGGCCAACGCCGGAGGGUCGAUAUCCUUCCCAUACCUGAGCCCCAAUCAGACAUCAACAACCCGACCUAUCAAUCAUAUCUGGAUUGUUGGAGCCCAGAGCCAACUACCGAACAAGAGAUCAUCCAUGAGAUAAUAGGGUUGGUCAAAACAAAUCGAGGUAUAGAGGUCCCGGGUAGUUCAAACCCACUGCUUGUGGGAAAGGUCUUUCGAAAUCAAGCUUCACCAUGGGAACGUAUCGCUGAAUGCCAUUUGACUACAUCAUGGAAGGCAGCCAAGAAUUUCAUUUUCUUGGUAUUUCAACAUCUCACCGACGAAGACACUUUCUUGUCUCUCCGGGAGGCGGUGAUUAUACCAAAAUUGGACGAAAUAAAUGAAACCCUGAGGAAAAAGCUUGAGGAGUUAACGUCUUAUACGAAAACAGGCCACCCAUUGCCUAUCGGAAGGACCUACUUGAAUCAAGUCUUAUAUUUCCGAAGAGAGUAUCAAAUGAGUUGGUUGAAAGAUCACUUUAACCAAACUCAAACAUUUAAAGGGUCAGAACAAAAGGAAUCUGAGAAUAUGCAUAAAAAGACCAUGACAAUGGAGGAAGUCCAAAAUGCGGUGCAUGAUAUGAAGUUUUCCAGUGAAGUUUAUUCUGCGAUGGACAUUCUGCUUCAGAUGCAUGCGUACUACGAGAUUGCGAUUUUGGGUUACAUUGAUAAUAUUUCGAUUUUGGCAAUCGAAAAUUGUUUGCUCCGUCCUCUGUUGACAAUAUUUACCAACCAAACAGUCAAUAGUAUGACUGACCAGCAGAUCAAAGAAAUCGCAUCCGAAUCUCCACACAAGCAAAAGGAACGAGAGAGACUGAACCAGGGGCUGGAGAAGCUGGAAAAGGGAAUGAGAACGCUUAGAGCUUUCAACGCAGACCACUUAGCAUUGCCUCGCGUAUCUAGAUCUGAAUCUCGAUCUUCUUCCAUUUCGGGGAGCCCAAAACCACAUGGGAGAAAUACGACUCCAUUAAGCAGCGACUUCCACAAGCUUCAACUAAAUGACAAAGUGAACGAUGAACACGAUCAAGAUGAUGAGAUACUAUGA